AUGAACCCAUUUGGGGAGUUCCUACUGGUACAAAUAAACUCAGCUGGAGACUUACUCAACUUCACCAGAAAACCGCUGUCCAUGGAACUGAUGGCUUGCCUACCACUCUCUCGUGGAACUGCGGAUCCGAAUCCGCCUCUGAUGACGCCAAAUGAGGUUCUUGUGGUGUUCAUCCUCCUAUUUGUCACCGCAUUUAUUGUUGACCGGAUCGUGUUCUUCUUUACGAAGCUCAUGGCAAGAUUUAGAACAGACCAGGACUUGAAUGCGGGAACAGGAAACCUGGGCUUGACAAUUUCAAGUCUUGUUUCUCAGUUAGUUCACCCCACACUCAUUCUGAAUUCUGUAGGAUUUGCCCAAUUUUACGGCAUCAUCGGACCAGUCGUUUUCGCCCUCUUCCUCUCCAUUUCCGCCUCAGUAUUUGCGUUCAUCCUCCUUGAAAUGCGCAUCAAGGCACCGGGAGCAAAAACCUAUCCCCAGAUUGUGAGAAGCCGGUUCGGCAAGGGUGCUCACAUUAUCGUCGUGGGCAUCUUCAUGGCGGCUGACGUCACAAACUACGUCGUUGUCACAAUGAAUGGACUUCACGCGAUGAUGUCCGUUUCAUUGGAGCCUCACAGGGAGCGACUUAUCGUCUAUCUAUUCAUCGCCAUCUGCUCUUUCGUGAUUGCCUCUCAGCUUGGAAGUUUCCGGGUUAUUAUGGCUACGAUAGCCGUGUUCAUCCUUGGCCUCUGCACUGUCCUCAUGCUCUCUGUCUUCCAUAAUUCGGCCCAGUAUCCUCUAGGGACCAUAGAUCGCGUCUACAAACUUCUGCGGUGCUACGACGAAAGGGUGCCAUUCCCACAUGUGGAGCCCUUGUCCAUUAUUAAGCACAGAUCGGUAGUUGCGACCAUACUUACCUCAGCAGUUAUCUGGAGUACGUUCCUCGUAUGUCAGGCCAACUGGUCAGUAGGAAUCGCUUUAACACCAAAUCACAGCAGCGUCGGCUUCAUUCUGGCAUCUUUUGCUAUCUUCUCCAUCCCCUUCGUUUUAUCCACCUGUCUUGGGCUCGGCUUCCUGGCGCUUUCGUCCUCCCUUGGCUCGAAUCCACUCAGGAUUAUGCAUCAAGAACAUGGUAUGAACAAAAAAGAGAUUUUCUAUGAUUGCUUUUGGUUCUCAACUCUUAGCUCAGUAUAG